AUGGUUCGUAUCGCCACUGAGGGUGAGUACGUGCCAUGGUACUCGCGACGAGCGUGUCCAGUGUUUUGUUAUCCUUGCGUGCCAGCUUACAUGGGCGUCUGGAAGGCUAGAAAAUGCGUUUUGGUUACGGGUGCAGUGCUGUUCUUCAUCGGUGUAAUCAUUCUACUCGCCAUGCUUCUCACAUGCAUAGCCGUCGAAUGCUCCAAUUUGAUUUUGACUGAUCGUUGGGAUUUUGCUGUUCCACUGCGGUUGGGCUUGCACACACCUACUAGACGACAGCGGCCAAAUACCGAU